AUGGCUACUGCAGGAAGCACGGAUACCGGCACAAUUUUGCAAAAACUUGGUUUAAAACCGAUUACGAAAUGUAAUCUUCUAAAAUUUUAUACUCCCGCUUUCGGUGUCACUUCAUACACUGCAUUGUCCAUUAAUGUGAUGAAUCCGAGUCUUGUCAUCAGGGCUUUUCCAAAGAAAGAUAUUACAAACUUCUUAUUGGGGAGUGCCCUUCUUGGAACUGGUACCUAUAUAUUCACUCGUGAUCACAUGAAAAGUGCCCCCACAAGUGUGAAAAUCAUGUAUAGUACUGCUGGUUCUAUAUUGCUGAGCUUUGGAUCAGUCUUAGUAUGGGCAGUACUCCGAUCUAUUGUACCACCAAAUCCAACAUUAUGUACAAUAAUUGGUAUUAGUUCUGGGCUUGCAUUUAUUAAGGUUGGUUCCAGUUACUUAAAUUUUGUUGAUGAACAGAUACCAAAAAAGUAGAUUAAAAAAUUGUUA